AUGGAGUACUUCAGCCUGAAGAGGUCGACUGCCGCCGAUCGCGGUCAUGCCAACCUGUCAAGUAAGGUUUACGUGCGCUCAACGAAGAGUGGCAAGGUCCAGAAGAUUGUGAGGGAGCUGUAUCUGCGACAAGACAUCCCAUGCUCUUCGAAUCUGUGCAGAGAGUGCCUGGAAAUCGCGCCGACAGAUUACUCGAAGAAGGUUGCCCCAUUCGUACUUUCAGAUACACCAGCUGGAUCGAAGAACUUUCCGAACGGACAGUACCUAGUGCCCGAUACCAAUGCAUUUCUUACAGGAAUGGAUUUGUUCGAAGUCGAAACAGCAUUUCAUGAUGUCAUAGUACUUCAGACUGUACUUGAAGAAGUCAAGAACCGGUCGCUACCACUGUACCACCGUUUGAUUGCCCUGACGAAGAACGAGGGGAAGCGCUUUUAUGUCUUCUUCAACGAGUUCCGCCAGGAGACCCACGUCCCGCGCGAUCAAGGAGAGAGUAUCAAUGAUCGCAAUGAUCGAGCUGUUCGUGUAGCAGUACAGUGGUACAACCAGCACAUCACUGAAGCGGUGACUGCACGAAGCAAGAAGCAAAAGCGUGUGCCAACCGUGGUCAUGAUUACUGAUGACAGGGACAAUUUGCGCAAGGCGAAGGCAGAGAGCGUCCCUGGCAUGACGUUGUCUGACUUUGUGUCUGGUCUUGAAAACGCCGACGAGCUGCUCGACAUGAUCAGUGCUGCACAAGAGCAGAGAGAAGUCCGCUCGAAAAAGCCCGAGGUGUUCUACCCAGAUCACUUCUCGAUAUCGAAGAUGAUGACUGGUGUAAAAGCCGGUACCAUGCAUCAGGGAAUAUUCAACGUCUCACAGUACAACUACUUGGAGGGCUCGGUGAAUGUUCCUGCAUUCGAAAAGUCCCUUAUCAUCCUAGGCCGCGAGAACAGCAACCGAGCAGUUUCUGGCGACGUCGUAGUUGUGGAAGUAUUACCACAGGACCAGUGGAAGGCACCCUCAACAAAGAUCGUCGAGGAAGACACGGUAGCCAAGAAUGACAACGCCGAGCAAGAAGAAGGCGAGAACGUCGUGAAUGAGAGGGAGAAGCGAGCGCUGCAAGAGGAGGUCAAGCGUGCACAUGGGCAAAGCACUGAAGGCAAAGCGCAACCAACAGCACGUGUUGUGGGUAUCAUCAAGCGUAACUGGCGGCAGUACGUAGGACACAUUGACCGCGACUCUGUGCGUUCGACGGCAAAAACGAGUAGGCAGCAACAGACGGUUUUCCUCGUACCAAUGGACAAGCGCGUCCCAAAGAUCAGAAUACGCACCCGCCAGGCUGGAGAGCUUCUCGGUCAGCGUAUUCUCGCAACCAUCGACUCUUGGGAGAAGGACUCGAGAUAUCCCGUUGGCCACUUUGUGCGCUCGUUGGGCGAGCUCGAGUCUAAGGGUGCUGAGACGGAAGCUCUCUUGUUGGAGUGGGACGUACAGUACAAGCCGUUCCCUAAGACAGUACUAGACUGCCUGCCUGCUGAAGGCCAUGAUUGGAAGGUACCCGCGAGCACAGAAGAUCCAGGCUGGAAAGGACGAAGAGAUCUGCGUGAUCUAAUCGUCUGCAGCAUUGACCCUCCCGGUUGUGUCGACAUCGACGACGCGUUGCACGCAAGGAAGCUACCCAACGGCAAUUUCGAGGUCGGCGUGCACAUUGCUGACGUGUCGCACUUCGUCAAGCCAAACAAUGCCAUGGACAAAGAGGCUAGCCAACGUGGUACAACGGUCUAUCUUGUUGACAAGCGUAUCGACAUGUUGCCGAUGCUGCUUGGAACAGAUCUCUGCUCCCUGAAGCCAUACGUCGAGCGAUAUGCAUUCUCCGUUAUCUGGGAGGUCAACGAGAACGCUGACAUCAUCAACUCUCAUUUCACCAAGUCCGUGAUUCGAUCGAGGGAAGCCUUCAGCUACGAACAGGCACAGCUACGUAUCGACGAUGCAUCUCAACAGGAUGAGCUCACAACCGGGAUGCGAACACUGUUGAUGCUGUCUCAGAAGUUGAAGCAAAAACGAAUGGAUGCUGGAGCACUGAACCUUGCUUCCCCCGAAGUUAAGGUACGGUCAGAAUCUGAGACUUCUGAUCCAGUUGACGUUCACGUCAAGAAGUCACUUGCAACCAACUCUCUAGUUGAAGAAUUCAUGUUGCUCGCCAACAUCAGUGUCGCAGCAAGGAACUACGAAGCGUUUCCGCAGACCGCUUUGUUGCGUCGUCACGCUGCGCCACCCAAGUCCAACUUCGAAGAGCUCGCAAACCAGCUCAAGGUGAAGAAGGGCCUAGAACUGCGAAGCGACAGCUCUGGCGCAGUAGCAGACUCUCUCGACCAAUGUGUGGACCCGAACAACCCAUUUUUCAACACUCUUGUCAGAAUUAUGGCAACACGUUGCAUGAUGUCCGCCGAGUACUUUUGCGCGGGGACACAAGCAUACCCUGAGUUCAGGCAUUACGGUCUUGCGAGUGAGAUUUACACUCAUUUCACGUCGCCCAUCCGUCGUUACGCCGAUCUCGAGGCGCAUCGACAGCUUGCCGCGGCCAUUGAGUACGAACAGCUUGACGCCAGUCUGCACUCAAAGGCCAAGCUCGAAGCCGUCUGCAAGAAUAUCAACGUUCGUCAUCGCAACGCACAGAUGGCUGGACGUGCCUCGAUCGAGUACUACGUCGGCCAAGCGCUCAAGGGCAAGGAUCUCGAGGAAGAAGGUUUCAUCAUGAAGAUCUUUUCGAAUGGGUUUGUCGUCUUCGUGCCGCGCUUUGGUAUCGAGAGCUUGAUUCGUCUGAGGGAUCUGGCUACGCCUGAGCCCGAUGCCGAGUUCGACGCCGACAACUACCAACUGAACAUCAAGGGCGAGCUGAACAGGAGUGUAGAGCUGUUCGAAAAGGUCAUGGUCCGGAUCACGGACGAGAUGGAGGAGAGCACAGGAAAGAGGAAGGUCAAGUUAACGCUGGUGUAA